AUGAGUUCGAUCCGUCAUGGCGAUAGCGCGCUUUUUGAUGAUCGGACCAGAAAUGCCACCACUCCGGUCCGGAUUCGUUCGUCAACGGCCGGUGGUCUCGCUCAGGUUGAAAAGUGGUUGUCCGAAACAGACAAGAAGCAGUUGAAGAGCAGCAAAGAGAAGUGGAGUUACGACUUCGAGUCUGACACCCCAGUUGGCGGAGAUGUGGAAUACGAAAUACUUUCGGCUGACAAGGUACCAUCUGUAUACAAACCGUACACCGUUGGUGUUAGGAAGGUAAGGAAAGUAGCUGAGUUUGACCCAAAUAUUCCAUCGGUAUCGAAAGAACCAGAAAGCGAUUAUAGUUCGAAUCUCCACCGACCUCUGACAAGAUCUUUUAUGAAACAACAUGGCGGUGAUGUCUCAAGAAAUUUGAGGAACUUAAAGCAAGCGAAGCUCACAAAUUAUCUCAAAGUCCGGAAGCGUCGUACUGUUGAAUCUCACUCUCCAAAACGUACUGCCUCAUCUUUGAGGUCGAUAAAAUCUGCUCCUCCAAGCAGUCCUUUUCGGUUCGUCAACGAUGUUGAUGGUAACGGUUUUAGCCCAGAUAGCAAUUCUCCGAGGAGUUCAUCUAGCAGCCCUACGAAGAGUCCCAGGAAGCGUUCUUCUCAGCAUAUUAUGAAGGAACGUCCAUUGCGAGUUACAAAACUGCGUUCGCAUGCCGUUGUUGACCAAUAA